AGUCUAUCUGACAGCACUGUACCUCUAGAGAGAGAGAGGGAGCAACUGUUUGUGAUCACUGCACACACAGACACACACUCCAUGCAGCCAGUACUUUGCCAUACAUACUACAUACAGCCUACAAAGUCCUAAUGGUCUUCUCCAUGUCUAGAAUUAAUUAAGGUGAGAAGAUAGGAUAGUGUCUACUACUGUUUAGGCACAUGUCUCUUUAUCCUGUGUAUUAUGAUAUGUAACAGUGGGUGUGUCAACAGAUAUUCAUUACAGUCACAUGUCACACUAGGAUUCCUUAUUCACAUCAGAAUGAAAUAUUAUACUAUGUGUAGUUAGGUACCUCGUUGCUUUUUACAUACUUUAUAUAUGAUAAUAUACAUUCACACAUGUCUCUUUCUCAAUUAGUAACUACCUAAUGUCAAUGUUAUUAAGUCUCUCCAUAAUAUUCUGGUUCUCUCUGCAUUAUUGAGAAUUGCUAAUUAAUUUUUCCUAGUCAGUGACAGUACUAUUUGUACAUGAUAUGUUACGUGAUUACAUAUUUUCUCAGACUGUUGGAGUGACUGCCACUCUACCUGAUGUGGUGCCUUCUGUCCUACCAUGGGAUGGGUCUGGACCCCAUGAGUGGAACUAUGACGGCACAUCAUUAUGGCACAAUGGGAGGACGCUGUCUUCAGGUCUUCCUGGUCUCGACGAUCUCAAACCUCAUCAAAGAGUCGGACUUCUUCUCACUGCUAGUGGUGAUCUUCAUGUCUUCAUCGAUAGACGCCACGUGAAAAAGCAUCUGGUCUGCCAGUAAACAACCAUCUGUGGGGAGCAGUGGGUGUGAGUUACAACUGUACCAAGAUCAAAUCUGAGCUACUGAGUGAUCCAUCAGCUCAGAUGACAGAUGAGAGGGCUCAGGAGAUCAUAGACAAAGCAAUGGAGUCAGGUAGUUUGAAGCAGAGGGAUGUGGUGGGUGUCAUUACAGGUCUGAUGGAAUCAGGGAAGACCACUCUCUUGCACCAUCUCUUUGGCAUGGAACUGCCCCAAUCGUACACCAGCACAGGUGUUGCCGAGCGGUCGCUUCGAGGUUUUAGGAUGCAUUUGACAGGUGGUGUUUGGCGGUGUAUCUCUUUUGAGGACAUUCUCAAGCAUCUUGCUCCUCUUAUCCGUGCUGGGAUGAAAGAAGAGGAUGUCCGCUCUCUUGCUAAGCGUCUAAUGUACGAUAUCCAAAGUGGGCAAGAAAACCCUACUCCUCCAAAGGCUAGUGCUCCAGAACCACCUCCUCCAAAAACCCCUCAGGAACCAAGCCCAGGCUGCAAGGAACUAGCUCCACUUGUCGUCAAAAAACCAACAGCAACACCUCUUCCAGAACUCGAGCUGGUGCACAUGAUAGACACAGGGUGGACAGCCUGAGCUGAUGGAAGUGAUGCCAUCUCUCAUUCAUAAUGCCAACCUUGCAAUGGUGCUAGUGGAUCUCAGAUACACCCUCGAUGAAUAUCCACCGGUCAAGCACCACGAGAAAGAUGUGCCUCUCUCGCGCGGCUUUCCUUCUCGCUACACUGGCAAGGACAUCAUCAUGAAGCUUCUGUCCACCUUGCAUGCCAAAAAAUCCAUCAAAGAAGCUUUCCUCUUUAUAAUUGUGGCCACACAUCGUGAUUGUGUUAAGGACGACCUUGAUGCUCGAGUGAAUACACUAAAUACUGAGCUUCAGAGGCUCUUACUCCCUGCAUUUAGAAAACGAGUUGAUUAUAUUUAAAGAGCCAAGCGAGAUUGCCUUUGUUCUGGACUUGAAGACCCCAGAUUAUCAGGAUAAAAAGGCCCUUGAGCUGAUUUGCAAACAGAUUAGCCGGGCAAGUUUGGGAAACGCUUUCGACACACCAGCUUCUUUCUUUGUGUUUGAGCAAGAUCUCGUCAAGUUUGCGGAAAAAGAUGCAAAACGUGACAUUCUGAGCCUCGAGGAAUGCAAGCAGGUUGGUGCACGGCUACGAAUGAAUGCCGAAAUGGUGGAAGCGGCUUUGAUCCUCUUUCAUCGCCAGAACACCUUCCUUUACUUUCGCAAUGUUCUCCCAAAACACGUCUUUGUCAAACCCCAAGUCCCUCUUGACAUAGUCAAUGGUAUUGUUCGUUACAGCUACAAAAAGCUGCAGGGUGUCCCAGCAAAUGUGGCCUUACUCAAAGGCACAGGCACUGUGACAGAAGAAAUGCUUAGCUAUGAUGAGGUUUCGCCUCACUUCAAAGAAGGUUUUUACGGAGUUAAAGAUGCCAUCAAGCUUUUUUGUCACACCCUUACAUUAGCUCCACUGGAGCCCGACACAGCUGAGAAUGCAGCUACCCCAGUUGAUGGCAAGAAGAAAGAGUACCUGAUGAUGUGUUUGAGGCCUGCCAUUCCUGAUACGGAACUCCAUAACCACAUACCUGAAUCUUCUGACCCACUAGUCGUGAAGUUUAGCAGUGGCUGUGUUCCCCUCGGCUGCUUUGGCAGCACCAUCUCCUGUCUUCUCUCCAAGUACGGCUGGGUAGUUCGCAGGAUAAAAGGUGGUGCUGUCAAAUGUCUUGCCCAGAACAUUGCCUCUCUGCGUGACCCACAACUUCUUGUGAAUGUCGUUCUUGUUGACCGCAACCAAUACAUUGAGAUCCACAUCGACUCGAAAAAAGUAUCCAUGAUCUGCCCCGCAAUACUUGCAGUGAGCUUCGCACAACCGUUUUUGGUGCAAUUGAAAAGGUCUUCGAUAUCAUGCGCCUGAAGAAAGAUCAAAUCAAAAUCUCACCUGCCGUUGUCUGUUCCUGUGGAGAGGUGGAAGAUCCGCACCAUGCAAAAUUUGUUAAACCUCGUACCAGUAUGAGUUACUUCCUUGAAUGCCUUGAAUGCCCCAGGAGACCCCGUUAAACCCAACGAUAAACAGUUGCUGUGGGUGGGAAAUGCUGCAUCUAACACCGAGCCAACCCUUCCUCAAUUGAUGCGUCUCCAAAUCCCAGAAAAAGUUGGAGUAAACACAGGUCCUGAAAAGAAGACAAAACCAAGACGACAGAAAAAAGCCACCGCAGCUCCUCCUAUAUCAAAUCCAACAGCAGCAAUCUUGAGAGAAGCCAUGAAGGAUGGCUACAUUCCCCACAAAGACGACCUGUUCCUUAUUCACGGACCAGGAGGGGUGGGCAAGUCAAGUCUCAUUUCCAUGUUCCUCGGGAAACAGAGAGAUCUGGCUCGUGUCAGCACUGCAGUCGCGGAAGAGUCCCUCCACCUCUGUCCCGUCCGAGAUGUGUCAACCUCAACCUUCACUGGUCAGUGGGAACUGGUGGACAUCGACCGUCAGGCACGCAUGGUUGCCCACACCAGUCGACACCUUCUCACUAGUGAAGGUGUUCAGAGAAUAGAAGAAUACAAAGAUAAGCCUAGUGAAUCAGCCGAAAAUGAGGGGCAAGUCGAAGCUUUCCUUGCGUCUCCUCCCGAAUUACAACAAACACCACCAAAGAAGGGCGAGUUUGCAAAGAUAGCUUCCAAGCUCUUUGCUGGGCUGAGAAAAUUGGUGAGGAGAUCACACCAGGCUGCAACCCCCGAGGCUGAACCCCCCCUGGGAGAUGACCCCGACAAUAUUGAGGGUCUGUUUGCUCGUUUCAACAAAGGUCUCCUGGACAUCAUCCGUGAUCCGCAUGAUUUGGCCGAACUGCUUCUCUACUACUCCAUCCGCCUGCUUGACUCGGGAGGCCAGCCACAGUUCCACGAGGUCGCAUCCAUUGUCUUGCCUGCUGUCACGGGCAUCAUCUCAGUCUUCAAGCUCUCUGAGCCUCUUGCUGUUCACGGAGAGGUGGUGUUGUACAAGGAUGGGGUACAGGCCAACGAUCCUUACGAGUCGUACCUCACCAAUGAGCAAGUGAUCCGUCACGAUCUCCUUGCCAUCCAGUCGGAUGUUAGCCAGAAAGGGACGGAGGAAAUGCCCAAUCUCGCGUUUGUGGGCACAUUUCUUGAUCAGCAGGAUGCCUGUCCUGAAGAAACUCCCGACCAGAAGGACGAGCGGCUGCACUCCAUGAUCACCGAGAUCCUCUCGAAGGACAUGCAGCAAUGCGUCAUUAGCAGUGGGUCUCUGCGACACGUUGCAUUCCGGGUCAAUACUAGAACACCGACAGAAAAGGAUUACGAAACAACGGGACAGCUGAAGGAUGCACUCAUGAGCCAGUCGCGAGUCAAGCCCAGAAACCUGCCUCUCAAGUGGUGUGGGUUCGAAGUAGCUCUUCGCAAAAUGAUGGAGCAGCUCAACCGUCAGAUUCUGAGUGUGCAGGAGUGCGAGUUCAUUGGCUCUAAGCUUGGCUUCGAUCCCCUAUCCCUAAAGGCUUGCCUCAACUACUUGCGCCAGCUCCACAUCCUAUCGUUCUACGAUGUCCUACCCAAAGUCGUCUUUGGCAGUUGCCAGGUGAUCCUGGACAAAAUCACUGAGCUUAUCGUCUACAGCCUACAGCUGAAGAAAGGGGAUCGGUUUAGCACUGGGGUCGACCGGAAGUUCCAUCAGCAGGGAAUCCUAUCGCUGGACAUCCUCCAGUCAAAAGCCUGCUCCAAGCACUACAGCAGCAAGUAUUUCGUACCAGAGGACCUGCCGAAGGUUCUCAAGUCGCUUUUCAUAGUCACAGAGGUAGGGCCAGGGGAGUACCUCAUGCCUUGUGUUCUGGAGGUCAGCGACAUCCUUCCAUCUCCCCCAGUUCCUAAAGGCAACGUCCGAUCUUCCUUUGUCCUCCACUUCUCCAAGAAGAGCCCUAUGCUUGGAAUAUACUGCUGCACCAUCUCCUACCUGCUGACUGCGGCUGGCUGGAAGCUGUUGGCAAGGCAUGGGGAGGUAGUUCAGGUAGCUAGGAACAGCAUCACUUUUGAACUGCCGCAAAAUCUUCCCGGGAAACUCACUUUCCUCGAUCCCCUUUCUUCGUACCUGGAGGUAGCUGUCGAUCUUCCAGCUGCUGUUGCUGCACAGCACAGCACAAUGCUCUACAAGGAGAUUGGUGGCACAUUUGUCAAAGCAAUGAAGAGUGCAAUGCAAACCCUCCACUAUGAGGUGAGGACACCAGAACUGUCCUUCCUGUGCCCUGAGCAGAGCUCUCUAUGCUCCGACUUCCCUCAUCUUGCCACACUCAAUACCACUCACAGCCUUCUCACCUGCUCCCGCAGUCCACACUGCGUGGCCCAUCCUCUCACUCCUGACCAGAAGAUGUGGCUCCCCACUCCUGCAGAAGGUCCUGAAAAGAAGACAAAACCAAGACGACAGAAAAAAGCCACCGCAGCUCCUCCUAUAUCAAUCUCAGCUGAGAAACCAGAUCUCCUCCAACUGCUUAAAAUCGAUUUACCUUCCCGAGUUGCACCCAAGAUCAAUGCUUUCGGGACAUUUCUCCUCCAAGACAGUCUCGGGAACAAGAUGGAGAUUAUCAGAGGCAAUCAUCAGGGAAGACUGGAGGAGAUGGCAAUGGAGGUUCUGAGGGAGUGGCUGGCAGGGAAGGGGGUGGAGGUGUCGUGGGAGAGCCUCAUAGCAACUCUGAGGGAGAGCAAAGACUCCUUCAUGGCCGACCAGAUACAGAUUGCUCUGGACAAUCUUAGAUCUUAAUACUUUAUACACGUGUGGACAAUUAUUUUUGUAUAUCUCUUAUAAUUAUUUGUAUCAUUUUUUUGACAUAGUCUGACACGAAAAUCAUAUUUAGUGUGUGAUAUGCUUGUACAUGAUUUUUUUUUGUGUUCCGCGCACAUUGCAAGUUUAAUAAUCC